AUGAGGCGACGAAGACUUGGACGACGGUAUCACCAGGCUAUAGCUGAGUGUUUAUGCGAUAUCGACCCCCUGACAGCUGAAAGAAAAGGCUCUUGUUUUGCUGCCUACAAAGGAAAGAUCUCAGUUGACAUCUCAAUAACACCGAGAAGUCUUCAUGCAUCUAGAUGUCUUUGCGAUCUUGAUAUGGUCUCCAAAACUCUUUGGCCAUGUUUUCCGUGUGAGUUUCAUGUUAUUCUUCCUUUAGAUAACACCUGGAAAGAGAAACUUUGCAUAGAGUGUGUUGACGGGACAGGACAUUGCCCAAUGCGAUUUUACCGCGGAAACCAAAAAUACGAAGACAUUAUGGAUCUAGUAGACCUCUGCUUAUGUCACAAAGAAUACAACCACUGUGUUGCCAAUCCAGAAGAUGGAGUUAUCGUCGAAAUCAGUCCGACUGAUGAGCUUGACACCCUCAACAUCACAGCACGUUCAGAAGCACAGUUGAGAGUAAAGCAAAAAUCUACAACAACAACCACAACGGAAGCACCGCAAGUCACACAAGCGCUAGGAUUUGAGAACCUCACCGACGAGAUUGCGAUAGUGACUCAAGCACAACAGAAUCUAAUGUUCGCUGUUGGAGCAAUGACGCCAGAGCAGAAAGAGGGCAUGUCGCAUCAACUAGAUGAAUUCGUCCUCAAAUGCUCCUUUAAUCAAAAGGAUUGCGACAUGGAAAACGACUUUACGUUAUACUAUGACAACACAUAUGGGAACUGCUACACUUUCAAUCACGGUGGAGCAUCAUCACAUCGAGCUGGUGCCAAUUAUGGUUUACGCAUACUCUUGUAUGCAAACGUCAGUGAAUAUCUACCAACAUCCGAAUCAGUAGGAUUUCGGAUCACAGUACAUGACAAGCACAUAGUCCCAUUCCCAGAUGCUUUUGGUUACAGCGCUCCGACUGGAUUCAUGUCUUCCUAUGGUGUUAGAAUG